UGAACGCGUCAGCAACGUCAAACAUCCAGCCCAGGAAGCGCGGUGCUUCCUGAAUAACCAGCCCAGCUGCACUUGUUAGUGUGCCCCCCUCGCUGGACACUUUAACGCCGACUUCUGCUCACUUUGGCCGCGGAAUUCCCUCUCCAUUAGGACCGCGAGAGCGAUGCGACGCCUGGCGGGAGCAGGAAGAGGAGACGAAGCGGCCAGAGAGCAGCAUCCACCUGCGGGGAACAUCUGACUUUGCUCUUUUCUAGCGUCAAAAAAGAAAAGGUCGCUGUUGGUCAUCAAGAUGACUGAUGGGGAUUAUGACUACCUGAUAAAGCUCCUGGCCCUGGGAGACUCUGGCGUGGGGAAGACAACGUUCCUGUACAGAUACACAGAUAAUAAGUUCAACCCCAAGUUCAUCACCACAGUCGGCAUCGACUUCAGGGAAAAGAGAGUGGUGUACACAGCAUCCAACCCUAAUGGGAUGACGGCAGGAAAAAGCUUUAAGGUUCAUCUACAGCUUUGGGACACAGCUGGGCAGGAAAGGUUCCGCAGCCUGACAACGGCGUUCUUCAGGGAUGCUAUGGGCUUCCUGCUGAUGUUUGAUCUCACCAGCCAACAGAGCUUCCUCAAUGUCAGAAAUUGGAUGAGUCAGCUACAGGCCAACGCCUACUGUGAGAACCCAGAUAUCGUGUUGGUUGGAAACAAGGCGGAUCUGGCUGACCAGCGGGAGGUUCAGGAGAAACAAGCAAAAGAGUUGGCAGAUAAAUAUGGGAUUCCGUAUUUCGAGACGAGUGCGGCGACCGGGGCGGAGGUGGACCAGUCUGUGACCACUCUGCUGGACCUGGUGAUGAAGAGGAUGGAGCAGUGUGUGGACAAACCCCCCACAGAGCCCGCCAACGGCACCGGGACCACCAAGCUCUCCGCCGCACAGCCCGAGGAGAAGAAAUGUGCAUGCUAGAUGAGUUGAUUCCGGAAAAAAACGUUGACUUGAUCUGUCCCUCCUCACCUUUUGCUUGCAUGCUUCUUCUCGUCCGACUCGUUUCCUUCUUGCAAAAAAAAAACAUUUCCUUUCCCACUCUUUUUGCUUCCUUCGCCUGCUGCCACACUGGAAUGAAAACGAAAGCUAGUUCUCCCUCUGCUGGUCAUUCAAGCUAUUGCAGUCUGUGAGGAAAAGACCAUUUUGUUUUCCUCGCUUAAGCUGCAGUACAGUUCUGCAUGGUCCCGGUCUCUGCUCGCUGCUGGUUUACAUGAGUUCCAUGGUCCAAUCCCUUUCUGCUACUAUGACAGUUGGAGUAACACUGCAACUCCCUCUAAAUACCAACAGUAUACACGUUUCUAUGGCCUCCACUUGACUUCCAAACCUGUCACUGCAAUCAUAAUUAACUGUCAUAAUUAAUUUUCCCCAUUGCACAAUGCCUUCUAUGCUGGUACAGUACAGUGAUACAUCAGUUCUGGUAUGUAAUCCAUCCCAAAAGUUGCCAUAAUAAGUCCAAUUAAACCGUUCCAAACACCCAAUUUAUAAACCCAAAAAACUUUUUAUAGAGAAAAAUGAUAGUUGAACAUGCAUAUAACAAUGUGAAAUAUAAAUACAUGAUGAAUGAACAUUUAACAUCACUUUUAUAGUUAAUGAAGACUUGUGGGCAAAGAAGGCAAUGUACUUUGCUUUCUCAAAUUACAUUUUUCGCAAUUUUUUCAUCAAAAUGCUGAUACUCGCAACUUUAUUCGGCCCCCGCGGUGAUUUAUUUUGCAGUCGUACUCUAGAAUUUUCCCCAUUGCACAAUGCCUUCUAUGCUGG